ACCAGCUCUGCCUCGUUCAUUUUCGGCGCCCGCUCGCAGAUCCAAGCCACCCCCAAACCGUUUUCCCCACGCUCGUCUCGCCUACUGCUCGGAAUAGCAGACGAGGCAAGCGAGUCUAUUCGCCAUGCGCCUCGACGACGCGGGCGAGCCCGGUUUUGCAUCUUGUCCCUGGCCGAUAUGGCGGACCGAUGACUUCACCAGUUGUUUUCAACAAGAUUACCUCAGAGUGUUGCUGCCAUUGGUCGUCGUCUGCCUGUCGUUCCUCCAACUCUCCAUCCCCGCAAUCGUCCGAGCCGUUGACCGAAGAAGGAGUCGAGGAUACGAGGGCAUCUGGGACGGCCCAACCACGCUAUCGCCGCCAUCACAUACCCAACUACCGCGAGAGGAAGAGCCGGUUAGCGAAAGCGAUGAUGAGGAAGGGUUGACCAUCAGCGGCGGGCGCCUUGCGCUUGCUAAGACCACUACGAAGGGUUCCAUCGUACAAGCCGACAUUCCGCCCGGUCAAACGCUCUCCGUGCUCGUCGAAGAGCUCGCUGUUGCUGGCCUAGUCGCCGUCAAUGCCAUCGCACUCGCCACCGGAACGUAUGGCAGGGAGCGUGGAGGCAUCGCUGCUAUUGCCGGCCUGGCCGUUUGGAUCUACGUCCUGAUACUCGUCUCACUGCGGCUCUUUUUGGGAAACACGCAAUGGCGCCUUCCACGCAUCUGGAACCACACGGCCGCCAUCUACAGUGCUCAAUGGCUGUUUGCUGUGGUCUUCUUCCGUUCUGCCCUGGUCCAUCCGACGUCACGGUUCGCGCAGACCCUGGUCAUUGUCGAGUUUGUGUUAGCAUCGUUGCUUUUUGGCAUGGCUAUCAGCACUCGCAAGGGCAACAAAACCAUUCUGUUGGAGUGGGAGGAUGGCAUCGAGCCUGGUCGGGAAAAUCUGGCCUCGCUGUUCUCGCACUACACCUUCUCAUGGGUCGACUCCAUUGUCUAUGAGGGCUGGAAGGAGCCGUUAACUAUCCAGAGGGUCUGGAACCUGCUUCCCAAGGACAAGGCUGCCGCGGUGCUGGCCAACUACCGGCUACUGAAGAAGACAACCUCGCUAGCCUUCCACCUCCUCAAGUACUUCAAGGGCGUUCUCCUUGUGCAGGCCGCCUGGGCUGUUAUGGGCGGUGCGCUUACGUUUGCUCCAACACUACUCCUUAGAGCCAUUCUGCAAUACGUCGAGGACCCCUCCGUAGCUCCUCGGAACGUGUUAUGGCUGUACGUUAUCCUGCUUCCCUUGACUGACAUUCUUCGCUCCGUCUGUGACGGCCAGGCUCUAUGGAUCGGACGCAAGAUUUGCAUCAACCUCCGAGCUAUCUUGGUGGGCGAAAUUUAUGCCAAGGCGCUCCGCAGAAAAGCGGCUGCCGGCAAAGAUACCACCCUCGGCGCCGGCAAGAAGGACAACGCCGCCAGCAAGAACAAAAAGGGUAUCUUCAACAGAGCGAAGCGGCUGCUGGGGCUCGGGAAGGAUCCCAAGGACAACCAGACGGCGGAGAAUGAUGCUGCAACCGGAAACGCCACCAAGGAUAAGACGAACAAUCCUGAUGAGCAGGCCAACCUGGGUACCAUUAUCAACCUGAUGUCGGUCGACAGCUUCAAGGUGUCCGAAGUUACCGCGUACUUGCACUUCCUGGUCGCCGCCGCCCCCACGCAACUCAUUGUUUCCAUCGUUUUGCUCUACCAGGUCAUGGGCCUGAGCGCCAUCCCUGGCUUCGUUGUCAUGGCUCUUCUGCUCCCCGUCAACAUCGCGUUUGGGAGAGGCUUUAACUCGAGCCAGAAGAGGAUCAUGGCUGCUACGGACAAGCGUAUCCACACGACCAACGAGAUCCUGCAGAAUAUCAGGAUCAUCAAGUACUUCGCCUGGGAACACCGUUUUGCGCACAUCGUUGACGAGAAACGCCGUGCUGAGCUCAAGGCUCUGCGCCGGCGCUUCAUGAUCUGGGCGGCGGCGGUUGCGGUCUGGAACACGGUUCCAAUCUUGAUCACCUUCUUCUCAUUCCUCAUUUACACCGUCGUAGAGAAGAAGCCUCUGUAUCCAUCCGUUGCAUUCACCGCCAUUUCGCUGUUCAUGCUCCUUCGCUACCCGCUCGACCAGCUAGGCGACAUGAUUGCUCAUGUGCAGGAAUCCAAAGUGUCCAUCGACCGUAUCGAGGAGUUCUUGUCCGAGGAAGAGACCGAAAAGUUCGCGCAGUUGGGCGUCGACAAUGUUGAUGAGACCGGCAAGAGGGUGAUUGGAUUCCGAAACGCCACCUUCAUCUGGGGCAGCAAGGACGCCGUGGCCGAUGACGGCUCCAUGGCUUUCCGUCUGCUCGACCUCGACGUCGACUUCAAGAUUGGAAAGCUCAACGUCAUCACGGGGCCUACAGGGUCCGGCAAGACCUCCAUGCUCAUGGCCCUCCUCGGCGAGAUGACGAUCAUGAAGGGCCGGGUCUAUCUUCCUGGCGGUCGCAGCCGCGAGGAUGUCCGUCCGGACCCGGAGACGGGGCUGGCCGAGACAUGUGCCUACGUCGCCCAGCAGGCUUGGCUUGUCAAUGCCAGCAUCAAGGACAACAUUCUGUUCUCGGCCCCCUUUGACGAGCAACGAUAUCGCGAUGUCAUUGUCGCUUGCGGCCUCGAACGCGAUUUGGAGAUCCUCGACAAUGGUGACGAGACCCUGGUCGGUGAGAAAGGCAUCACCCUUUCCGGCGGACAGAAACAGCGUAUCUCGCUUGCUAGAGCGGUCUAUUCCAACUCCAAGCACCUGCUCCUGGAUGAUUGCCUCAGCGCCGUCGACUCUCAUACAGCCCAGUGGAUCUUCAACAACUGCAUCAUGGGCCCGCUGAUGCGUCACAGGACUUGCAUUCUCGUCUCUCACAAUAUUCCCCUGUGUGUACCACAUGCCAACUAUGUGGUCGUGAUGUCGAAUGGACGUGUUGUCGGCCAGGGCACGCCGCAAGAUCUCAUCGCAGCUGGCCAGCUCCCCGAGGACGCUGCCGCUCAGAAGUCCGCUCCCGGUUCUGCUCACAUCUCGCGUCUGCCUUCACGCGUUCCUUCGAGCGUUGGGGAGGAGAGCGGUGCCACGCUGGUAAACGAGGCGGAUGGCGAUCAGCAAAAGACGAGAAGCGAAGCCGCUAAAAAGAAGGAGACCAAGAAGCGGGACGCCAUGGAGGAGGCCAAGGCGGUAGGCGCCGUCAAAUGGCCUGUAAUGAAGCUUUACAUACAGUCUAUGGGAGGCUGGUGGUUCUGGGUCGUCGCAGGCCUCGUCUUUGGGACGCAGCAGCUUUCUGGUGUCGCUUCGAAUCUUUGGAUCAAGGAGUGGUCCAAUCAGUACGCCGCUGAGGAGACAGCCAAGAUUCAGUUCAGCAUGAACUCGCUCAGCUACUCGGCCCAGACCCUGUCGCCGACCUAUUUUGCGUCCAUUGCGAACUACGUCAAGGGCAACUCCACAACAGUCUCGGCCUCUGACGCGUCCGAGGUCAACGUCACCUACUACCUGACAGUGCUAGCAGCUAUUGGCAUAGCAGGCGCGCUGACCGCCUUGUUCAGAGACUUGUGGAUCUUCCUCGGCUCACUCACUGCCUCGUGGAAGCUGCACGACGGUCUGAUGAAGGCCGUUACUGGCGCCAAGUUCAAGUUCUUCGACGUGACCCCUCUUGGGCAAAUGAUGAACCGAUUCAGCAAGGACUUGGAGGCGGUGGAUCAAGAGGUGGCACCGAUCGCCAUUGGUGUCAUGACGUGCGCCUUGGGAAUCAUGGUGACCAUCAUGUUGAUUGCCUACGUCACCCCGAUGUUCUUGAUAGCCGGCGUCUUCAUCGCCAUCGCAUACGUGUUUCUUGGACAGUUCUACCUGCACGCCUCGCGCGACCUGAAGCGGCUCGAGUCGGUUGAGAGAAGCCCGCUGUUCCAGCAGUUCGGAGAGACACUGAGCGGUGUGACGACGAUUCGCGCGUAUGGUGACGAAAGGCGCUUCAUCCGCGACAAUCUGGCCCGCAUCAACACGCAACUGCGGCCUUUUAUCUAUCUGUGGGCCGCUAACAGAUGGCUCGCCUUCAGAACCGAUCUUCUCGGCGACGUUGUCGCCUUCUUCGCCGGCGUCUUUGUCAUUAUCGGCCUCGGCAAGGUUGACCCGGGCUCGGCCGGUAUCUCGUUGAGUUACGCGAUCGGGUUUGCCGACAAUAUCUUGUGGUUGGUCCGGCUGUAUGCGCUGAACGAGCAAAACAUGAACUCGGUCGAGCGGAUCAAGGAAUAUCUCGAUGUUGAGCAGGAAGCGGCGGCCAUUGUGGAGAAGAAUCGGCCGCCGGAGAACUGGCCGUCCAACGGGACGGUUGAGUUUAUCAAUUACAGCACGCGGUAUCGCCCGGAAUUGGAACCCGUGUUGCGGAACUUGAGCUUCAAGAUUGAAGCGCGAGAGAAGGUCGGCAUUGUCGGGCGAACCGGCGCCGGCAAGAGCUCGCUCACGCUAGCGAUAUUCCGGGCACUCGAGACUGAUGAGGGCAAGAUUCUCAUAGACGGCGUCGACAUUGGCCAGAUCGGUCUGCGCGACCUGCGCGAGGCCAUCACGAUUGUGCCGCAAGAGCCCACCCUGUUUAUGGGCACCAUCCGCAGCAAUCUCGACCCCUUCAACCUAUAUACAGAUGAGCAGAUCUUCACGGCACUGCGCCGCGUCCACCUUAUCCAAGCCGACGAGAUCGCCGGGUCCGGCGCCGUCACACUCCCGCAAGCGACGACUGCGAGCGCCGCGAUCGCCGGCAGCAGCAGCAGCAGCAGCGGCAACCAAGACCAAGCUCAGGCGCAGGGUGAAACUGAUACCCAAGCCCAACCAGAACCGUCGCGGCCGGCCUCGGUAACGAACAAGAACAUUUUCCUCGAUCUCUCCUCCCCCGUAACCGAGUCAGGCAACAACCUCUCGCAGGGCCAGCGCCAGCUCCUCUGCCUCGCGCGGGCGCUGCUCAAGAACCCGACGGUGCUGGUCAUGGACGAGGCGACGGCGUCGAUCGACUACGCGACGGACGCGGCUAUUCAGGAGACGAUCCGGGAAUUGACGAGCACUAUCAUCACGAUUGCACACCGCCUGCAGACCAUUGUCGACUACGACAAGGUGCUAGUGCUGGACAAGGGCGAAAUUGUCGAGUACGGCCACCCGUGGGAGCUGCUGCGCAAGGGGAGCGGCGGGGUGUUCAGGGGCAUGUGUGAGAUGAGUGGGGAUUACCCGACGCUGGCGGCGGCGGCCAAGAAGGCGUGGAAGGCGAAGAAGUUAGUGGAUGUAGAUGACGAUGAAGACGACAAGGGGAAUGAAAGCGGGGAUGGCGGGAGUGCGGCGGCUGCUAUUAGUACAGCGGCGCCGGUGGAAAGCAAGCGGGGGGAGCCAUAGAAACGCCCUUACGGCCGGAGAAACGGCGGGGGGUUGGAUGAAGUGGGCGAGUAGUGUUAUUGUUGGUAUAGUUGGAUAGUUUUACUCUAGAAUAAAGAGUAGAAAACAUUGAUGGUAUGAUGGCACUUGUGUAAAGAUUUACUUUGGAAGUAGGAUGUCUGGGUGAAGCUUUGCCGGCUACCGGCUUUGUGUGCUUGAGGUUCUCGUGGGGUUGGCGGUGCAGCCAGAUUCAUCCGAUGUCGAGCAGUGGAUUUUUUUUUUUUUUUUUUUUCGUAUUGGCCGGUAAUUAAUGCUCCGGAGUUUGAGGAGCUAUGUGCGAAACAGAUGCUUAGAUGGUAUGUACUUGAUGUUUGCAUCUUUAGGGCCG